UUCAUCCAGGCGGUAUUUACAUGCGUGAACGCGGAACUGAACGCCCACUGUACGGAGUGUUGCACAAAGUGGCACGAUGUUGCUCAGUGUUGUGAUAUUGUGUGUGGCUUUAGUCAUAUUUGUAUUAAAAUAUGUCUUCGGCAGCUCCGGGCCCAACCCCUUUGAGAAGGACACUCGUGAACCGGUGAAAAAGAUGGUUCACGACAGGAAAGAGAAAAAUAAAGUGCUGAAACAGGGAUUUUUGGCCAGUAAAGUACCUGAAAACCUUGAUGCCGUCAUCAUUGGCAGUGGAAUUGGUGGGCUUGGGCUUGCAGUGCUGAUGGCCAAAGUUGGAAAGAAGGUCCUGGUGCUGGAGCAGCAUGAUCGAUCUGGAGGAUGCUGCCACACGUUCACUGAGAAGGGCUUUGAGUUUGAUGUUGGAAUCCACUACAUCGGGGACCUGCUUGAACACAAGCCGUUUCGCUGCAUGCUGGACAACAUGACUAAUGGACAGCUGCAGUGGGAGCCUCUGGACAACCCUUAUGAUCAGGUCGUGCUGGGACCUCCGGAGAACCGCCGCAGGUAUCCCAUCUACAGUGGCAGGACACGCUUUGCAGAGGAGCUAAAGAAGUGCUUCCCUGGGGAGGAGAAGGCCAUUGAUGAUUACGUAAAACUGUGCAAGAAAGUUGGGCGGGGCAUUUGGCUCCUCGCUAUGUUGAAGAUCUGCCCCGCCCCCCUUGCAAAGUUCCUGGUCUACACUGGUCUAGCCAAACGUCUGUCCUACUUCUUCAAAAUGGCCUCCCGCACCCUGACAGAAGUAGUCAAUGAACUGACAGAGAAUGAGGAUCUGAGGGCCGUCUUCACCUACAUCUAUGGCACCUACGGUAACAUGCCAAAAGAUACCAGUUUCUCUAUGCACAGCCUGCUGGUCACUCACUACCUCAAUGGUGCCUGGUACCCAAAAGGGGGAGCCAGUGAAAUUGCCUACCACAUGAUCCCCAUUAUUGAGAAGGCUGGUGGUGCAGUUCUAGUCCGAGCCCCAGUCAACCGCAUCCUGUUCAAUGACGCCAAUGAGGCUUAUGGUGUAAGCGUCAUGAAAGGCCAGGAUGAAAUACAUAUCCGCGCCCCGAUGGUCAUCUCUAAUGCUGGCAUCUUCAACACCUACGAGAAGCUGCUGCCCAAAGAGCUCCAGGCCAUGCCAGCCAUCCAACAGCAGCUGAGCAUGAUGAAGAAUGGUGAAGGUGGCCUGAGUAUUUUUCUGGGUCUGGAAGGAACUAAGGAGGAUCUGGGCCUGAAGGCAGACAACUACUGGAUCUUUACCGAGAACAAUUUUGAUGAACUGACGGAGAAAUAUUUGAAUGGAAACAGGGAAGAGUCAGCUAAAAGUGUACCACUUCUGUUCGUUGCGUCUCCAUCGGCUAAAGAUUCGACCUGGGAGGAAAGAUCACCAGGGAAGUCCACCUUGAGUUUGGUCAGUUUUGCAAAGUACGAGUGGUUUGAGGAGUGGAAGGAUGACAAAGUUAACAACAGAGCGCCUGAAUACAAAGAGCUGAAACAGAUGUUCAUUGACUCGAUUCUGGAAGUGUUGAUGGAUAUCUUCCCCAAGAUAACCAGAGACAAGAUUGAGUACAUUGAUGCUGGCACCCCCAUCACAAACACACACUACAUCGGAGCCCCAAAAGGUGAAAUCUACGGAGCGGAUCAUGGUAUAGCCCGAUUCAGCCCUGAACUCAAUGCUACAGUGCGACCUCAAACUCCUCUGAAGAACCUCUAUCUGACAGGUCAGGAUGUGUUUCUGUGUGGCUUUGCCGGUGCUCUCGCAGGAGCUCUCACCUGCGGCUCAGUCAUUCUCAACCGUAACCUCCAUCUGGAUGCUAUCUCUUUGGCAAAGCAAAUGAAAUAUAACAAAUCCAAAGAUGAUUAACUUCCUGAACACAUUGGGCUGAGUGCAGUUAUACUGUAAUUAUUCAGUAACUGAGCUAAUGCCUGACUCACAAAAUCAACGUUUGUUUUAAGCGCCCUAGAACAAAGACUUCCAAAACACAAUCAAACAAAUAAGAUAUUUUUCAUGAAUAAAGUGGAAAGAUGAAUUUUCCACACCAACCCAUAAAACCUAGCUGUGCUAACACUUUAGAAUAUGCAUACCUACAUUAGUUCAUGUUUGAAUAGAUCCAUUUUGAUAAAUUGUGUAUAAUGUAAGAUUUGCAAUGUUCCAACAGCCAACCUGCACUUAUCAGAGCGAACAAGACAUCAAUUGUUUAUGCAAACACAUUUUUUAAACCAAAGUUUGAAAAUCAUAUGCAGCUUGUUAUAAUAAUGUAAUAUUUUAUUCUAAACUGCCUUUUUAGUUAGCCUUAAACACUGUGCCUUUUUAGGUGUGUUUGUUUGGCAGUUUGUAACAUGUUUACAAAGGUUCUGCCCUCUUUAAUAUUAAAGGGUACUAACUAUU